AUGCCCGCAGACUUGAGCUCCCUGGACCAGCCGCCGCGCCGCCCACGCGGCCACCGCGGCCGCCACACAGCCGAGGAACCCGGGGCCGCCGCCCCAGCGCCCAUCUCUGCCGGAACGCCGCGCCAAACCAGGGAAUCCUUUGUCUUACCUCUUUGUAGCCCAUGUCGAGGAAUGUAUUAUGAAUUAGAUAAGGCAUUAUUAGAAGUUGAUCUUUGGGAAAAGAAGGAAGGGGAUGAAUCAGCUGACAAGCAGCAAAUCUCUGGAUAUGUUGAGAUCGAUAUCGUUUUCGAACACGAUUUCCUGUUUUGUGGACGGAUUACUGUUGAUAAGUGCAAUUUGGACAUAACGUACACAAUUCUUUCAAGAAGUGUUGAGACUGUAAUACAAGUCUAUGCAAAGGUUGAUCAUCCUCAUCAUGUGAGGUUCACUGCUUUUAGCACUGGAUAUUGUAAGGAUGGAGUCAUGCUGUUGGAUGACAAACUAUUUGGGAGCGAAAAAUUAUUCCAGCAUAUCGUUGCUGUGAAAGCAAAUGAAGAGUUGGAUGUUGUUUUAGAAGUGGACAAUUCACUGUUCAAGUGGACUUUUCAGGAUGAAUAUGUCGGCGCUGUUAUCUCUCCUAAUGACUCGAUCUUUGACUAUGGCCUGUUUUUCGUGAGAGUGAUGUUUGCUCCAAAGGACUCUCAGUGAAGCCGUAGGUAAACAGCAGAAUUCUAUGGUCUGACUUAUAUGACAUUUCUAUGUAGUAUAUACAACUGGCCAUAUCGUGAAUUAUUUUUCCUAGUCCCAGUAUUAGUUGACCCAACGAACACUUUAUGCUAACC